AUGAGUGCUCGAAACCCAUAUGAGUACGUGUUUGAGCCGAUCCAAGGCGUUCCCGCGUACUGCGGCUUCACGGCUUCCCUCAAUUUUGUGACCCUACUCGUGCUCUUCAUGAUUCUCUAUAACGUUCCGUGUCUCGCAGUCCUCCUCCGACUCAUACUAUUCUAUUUGACGAGUCAAAAACUGAAACUCGGCGGCAUAUUCAAUGCGUUCGUGAAAAUGCAACUUUUCUGCACUCUCUACGGACUCGCAGACUUCAUGGCCGUUCGGAUUCCGUUAACAGGCUUUGUGACGAGUUAUCUGGCACGAAAUGACCCGCAAACUCCAAUGAGAAUCAUUACUCUCUGCUUUUAUACCGCUUUGUAUUCUUCGCAAGUGUUCACAGUUUGUUUCUGCUCUCUCAGAGUUACAAUACUCUACUUGUCGGGCUACUGGCAAGAGGUACAUAAACUGCAAUUAUGAAAUGGAAUCAAAAACAGUAACUUUAAACUUUCAGAAGUUGGAACAGUGGUUCGAGAUCCUCUCCCCGUUCAUUUUCAUCGUGAGCCUCAUCUCGACAGCUCCUCAAUUCGCAUCCGGAUCAAUAUGUCUCCAGAUGAGCAGUCCCUAUCCGUUCGGCGCCAUCGUCAUCAUUUCGUCCCUUCACCACUACAGUCUAGUUCCCUUCAACAUGACCCACUUUUCCAUCACUUCACUCGUCAUGCUCGCAAUUUCCAUCAGCACUUGGCUGGUGUUCCGAAAGCUGAGCGAACGGAGGCAGUUGUGAGUUUCUGAUGUCAUUUUGAGAGCACUAAAUAUAGUUUCAGAAGAGCCAAGACGAAUUCUGCGUACAAGCUGAAAGCCGAGAAGACGUUCACUGUCACAAUGGUGUUGAUUUUGAUACCACUCGCUUUUCUCCAACUCGUUUCGGUACGUGUGUGGCUCCAAUUCAGACCGAACAAGUUGUUAAGAUCGCCGAAAUCUUCCAUUUUCCGUUCAUCUCCUACCUGUUCGUCGUGCGGCCGUUCAUCGCCGAUUCUCGGAUUCACAUAGUGACUGUCUACUUUGUUCUCACUCACCCGGCUCUCAAACGGACUGGCUCGACUACCGGACAAGCUUCUGCUCAUAAAGCAACUUGUUGA